UCUGAAGAAACACAAACGCAAUCUACUACGGAAUUUACAAUCGUAAAAAAAAUUCGGUCUUUGCUAAGGAAAAGCAGAAAUUUUAAUUAUUUUAAUCGUCCAAUCUGAAUUUAAUGUGAAAAUUGUUGUGAAAAGUGUUGCAUUUUAUUGACGGAUAAUCGGACAUUAUUGGAUAAUCUAAUUGGUGAGCGUGAAAAUUGAUUACUCACUUGUCCGCACCCAUAGUCGUCUUUCUUAAAAAAAAAGUGACAACUCAAUGAAUGGUGGAGUUUCUUUUUGCGAUUAAAAUGUAAACGUCUAGUCCACGCACUUACACUCAACUUCAACACCGCACCGAUUGAAUUCCAUUAGAAGCAAAUUCCAGACAUUUGACCAGAAGCGUGACACAAGUGGCCGGAAACAAUGCCACUACCCAAGCGUCUUAUCGAACCGAUUCAUGUGGCUCGAUCGGGCUACGCUCGCGAAGACCUUACCGAACCCACCGAAUUGGAAACGGUCACGAACACAACACUCACCAAUAUCAUUCGACAAUUGUCAUCGCUGUCAAAGCAUUCCGAAGAUUUGUUUGGCGAAUUGGCUCGAGAGGCUGGCAAUUUGUCGGAACGAUCGAAUUCGCUGCAAGCACGCAUCGAUCGACUAGCCAUUAAAGUGACACAAUUAGAUAGUACCGUAGAAGAAGUAUCGCUGCAGGAUAUCCAACUGAAGAAGGCAUUCAAAAGCGCUAGUGUAUUCGAUCAGCAAAUAUUUUCCAGAGCUACUAUGCCAGCUCCGAUGCUAGAAACUUAUAAAACAUGUGAUAAACCUCCACCAUUGGACAAACUGAACUGCUAUCGUGAUGACGGUAAAGACGGUCUUAAAUUCUACACAGAUCCCAAUUACUUCUUCGAGCUGUGGCGUCAAGAAAUGCUUAAGGAUACUGAACGGGUAAUGCAUGAUCGUGGCAAAAAACCGCAUAAACCCCGAACCGAACCUGGAGGCGGUCAACGGCACAAGAAACGCGUUAGGAUACCGUACAAUACUCGCGAGAAACAGCGUCAAAUUGCGCUCGGUCACGGUGAAACACUGAUGCCAAAUAAUGUAAUCUACAGAACGCCAAAUUCAGUGAUCAGCAACGAAGAUUCCGCAUACAAUAGCAUAAGUGGUCAUUAUGACGGUCGACCGCCCAGACCGAAUUCAAUCGAAUUGAGAAGAAGUUACCCGGCUGAAUCAGUUGAUGGUGGCUACCCGCCACAUUCGCCUCAUUACCAACAAUCCACAUAUCCACCAGUCUACGACGAUAAUCUUUAUAAUUCUCAAAAUUUGUACUCAUCUGGCGGUCAAGAUAACAUUUACUCACCCGGCACACCAUCACGAACGAAACCGAGACCUUCGCAACCUCCGCCAGCACCACCAUCCAGUGGCAGCACUCCGAAUGCAUCAAAUGCUAAUACACCAACACGCGGACGCAGCAUGUCGACCGGAAGAGAUGCAUUACCGCCACCACCACCAGUUCCCGAAGGCAUAAUGUCGCCGCCACAUCCAAUGAAUGGUGGUAUUGUAGCGGCAAAAAUGAUUGGACGUACGCACAGCACAUCUCGAUCCGGAUCGCCACAAUUGAACAAUAUGCAACACGAUCCGAACGCACUAGUUAUGCAACAAUUGAACAAUCAAAUUAACAAUUUGAACAACAUCAACAUGCAAAUGACACAAUUAAAUUCGUUGAGUGAUCUUCCACCACCGCCACCAAUACCAGAAAAUUUAUCGCCAAAACAGUCGCCUCCGAACGCAGCAAUUCCUCCGCCUCCGCCACCUUUGCCACCGAUUGAAGGACCACAAAGUCCGCCGUCAGCAUACAAACCAAUGGCAAACGGUGACAUCAACAAUGGCAUCAUUACGCCAAAGAAACUGAACGUCAAAAAGAUUGUGCCACCCGUGGAUGAUUCACGAAACGAUUUAUUGAAGGCGAUUAGAGACGGCAUCAAACUACGAAAAGUGGAAAAAAGUGAACAAAAGGAAAUCGAACGAUCGACUGCUUUCCAUGAUGUUGCGUCGAUUCUUGCACGUCGUGUUGCCAUUGAACUAUCCGAAUCCGAAGAUUCGGAAAGUGAUGACGAUUCGGAGGGAUGGGUUGAACCGAACGAAACGAAUGCUUGACCGGCGGUUGUGGACAAGGAUAAGAAGAAGCUGAAAUAAUAAAAUGUAAGGACUCUCUAACACUUUUCUUUUCUGAAUGAUGUGCAUGUGGGUGUGCGUGUGGGAAACACAAAUAUUUGGAUUUUAUUUUGUCGUCGGUCAAUCAAACGUCGGACCUUCAUAUGAUAUAAAUACUCUAGAAGGGCUCGUAUCAGUGAUGCAGCAACUGAUGAAAAUUAUAGAUAAGUCGACAACACAGUUCCCGGCAUCAUUUCUUCUAAUAAAGCGGGAAUUUCGAGGAACUUUUUGUUUCGUUUAAGAAACCGUCAGACUUGCUACUUCGUCCCUUGCUCGACUGCGUUUAGCAAGUGAUUGAAGAUAGACAGGGUGUUUGGGCCUCGCAAUAAUAAAACAGCGGCUCAUUACUUGUUCCGGAAAGAGAAUGGCCCUGCAAUAAAUCGGAUUUUGUUUGUUAAAUUGUUGGUCGUACUAUCGGAUUCAUUGAUUGAUUCUGAGAAUUGAGCUCAAAAGCUCGACCUGAAAGUUCAGUCUACUGUUUAACUGUUGAACUGGCUAUACUGGGCCUUUCCGAUGUUUCCCAAUGUUUUUUCUUGCAUAUAUCGACCGGUGGGAUUUUUGGUAUCUAGUCCGACCUGACCUGUUCAGUUAGCUUAUAUGGGAACAAUUUUCACCCAGAGAGUAACGAAGCUCGUUCUCCUUAAAUCGUUUGCCGGCUUUCAAUGAUUAACGAUGAUUCAAGGCUGAUUGACCAAAUCGUAGUUCAGCCAAUCAAACAACGAAUUUUUAGUUUUGUGAUAAUUCAUUCCAUGAAAUUGUUAAAUCGCUAAUCAAACGUGUCGCUUAUACAUGCUUAGUGACUCAAUUUAUUUUCCUAAUCGCAUAUUGUUACGACUCGCACACUCACACCGCAUUUCUUUUUGUAGAAUUUUGGAAUGAUUUCCGCGACAAAGUGAAAACAGUUUUAUUUUCAUGUGGUAUGAUUAACCUUACUUUCUCCACUCAAAAGACCAUGACAAAAUCAUGUUUUGUUGACUCUUCGUGUCUGAUGACAGUUCUUGAGAGAAAAUGUCUAUUUCCUUCCCUCUUGUUUUGACAGGGGAGGAAAUAUAAUUUUUCUCCAUCGAAAUGUCAUCUUUGUUUUUGUUGUGGAAAAUUGUUGUGCUCACCUCUGGAAGAAAAUAGCAAAUUCCAACUAGAUAGAUUCGCGCUAAGAGUGCAAACCCUCGCUCUCUUGUUAGAAUUUCCUAUUUUCUUCCACUUGGGGCAACCAAAAACUCUUGAAAAUUCGAAAAUAACGUUGUUGAUAAGAAGAUCAAAGAGACGGAUAGGCAUUGGCAUGCAAACGUCUCGAUAGCUUAUAACACUGAUACUCCUUUCAUUUGAUACAACAAAAUAAUAAAAUACUAAAAGGUGGAUGACACACGUAUUAUAAUGAAUGGAAUGAAUGACCAGUGAAGAAGAUGUUUUUUGUAUUUUGAAUUUUGCGAAUCAUGGAAUGUGUCAAAUAUAAAUCACAACAAAAAGGCAAAAGAAAAAUGAUUUUUUUUUUGCUUCCAAUAAAUUGUGUCUGCAUGAGAUUCGAAAUGUUUAAAAUUAUAACAAUAACAAACAGAGAGAGAAAAAAAUGAUAGGAAAAUAAAUGAUAAUAGCGAUAAAAAUCGAAUAUGGAACAAUUUGUAUAUUUUGAGUACACUUUUUAGACUUUUGCAUACAAUUAAAAAUUCACAAGGUAAAAUAUUAAUGAAAUACGCAAGUAGUUUACUGACAAAUUUAAAAAAAAUCGAAAAUUUAAUAUUAAAAUUUGACUU